AUGAGGCAUCAAAGGUUUGAUUCUUUCAUUAAUGAACAAGUUUCUAACACUAACAAUUCUACUUAAAGAGUAAAUCUUUCCUAAACCUAAAAUAUUUAAAAAAGAACAAAAUGUUAUAGUAAUUAUGAAAAUGCAAGACAAAACUAAAUAAUAUAGAACAAUAUUUUUCAAGAAAGAGGAAAAGACUUUUUAAAUAAAACAUUUUCUAUAUAGCAUAGCGCUUAGCUAAAAAAUUCAAACGCAAGAUAGCGAGAAGAAAUAAAUUAUAUCUAAGAUAGCUAUUAACCAGCAUAUUAAUUGGAUAAUAUUAAUGUUACAUUAGGAUAUUAAAAACAAGAGUAUAAGGCAUAAAAUGCUUUCCAGUAGUAUUCUCUUAAAAUAAAUGGAAAAGAAAUAAAUGAUCAAUAAGCUAAAAUCAGAAGUAAGUCCCAUUUAGGCGAAAAUGAUUAAGCUCAUAAUAGCAGUUAAAACUAAAAUAAUCAUUUAAAAAUACCUUAAUUACAACCACAAAUUAAAAAAAGUCCACUAGAAGAUACUAAAUAAGAAAUUUAGUCCUAAAAAUUUGAUAAACCAACAGAUUAUUUAUUUAAAAUUAAUGUUAAAACCUCAGAAAAAUAACAAUUAAAUAAACAAUAACUAAGCUUCUCGACUGGCAAGUAAAAUUCUAUUUUUAUGUAAAAUGGUAACUCAAAUAGCUUUGAAAAAAAUUAAAAUACUUUAAAUCAACAUCGGCAAAUAAGAUCAUAUUCAAGCAAUUAGAAACAAUACACAAAUUAAUCUUAUCUUUCAAACAUGGAAUAAAAGCAAUCUUAUCUUUCGAUUUCAUAAUUUAAUGAUUAGCCUCUGAAUGAACCAAAAAUUAAACCUAUUAUAAAAAACAUUUAAGAUUUUAAAAAUUAAAACAGUCUGUAAAUUUAAAAUUUGAAUAGAAAAAGCAAUUUAACAACAAGAAUAGCUUCAAGGAUGAGUAAUAUUAGUUAUGCUUACAGUUCUAUAAACUCUACAAAUGGAAAAAGCAGUUAUAUGAAUAAAAAAAGAACAAUAACAGAUUAAGAUUAAGAUGACGAUGAUUCUGUUGAUGAUGGAGUAACUGGUGAAAAAGAUGAGUAUUCUCUUUUAAUUAAGUGUGAAAAAAAAAUAAAAAAUAGUAUUAAAGUACUUUAAAGAUGUAUAGAUUAAUCUUAAAAUGUUCAGAAUAUACUAAAUUAAAAUAAAGAAAAAUAUGAAAGAGAAGGCAAUAAAGAAAUGCUGGAACUGUUAAAAAAUAUAUCAAACAAACAAAAUAAUGAAAACGACUUCUCAGAAGAAUUAAAAUAAACUAAUUCUGUUAAUUAUAAAUAAAAUUAAAAGUAAAAUAAAUAGUUACAGAUAUAAAUAUCUAAUUAAAGUGAAGAUUUUUAACAAAAAAAUUAAAAUGGAACUUAAGAUGAUCAAUUAUAAAUGGACCAUAUGGAUUUACACUCUAACAAAAAUAUUUAAAAUUAAUAAAUGGUGCUCAAAAAAUAAAUACAAGAGUCUCUAAAAAAAAUAGAAAAGUAUUUAGACUAUUCUGUUCAAGCUUCAAAAUAGUCAACAAUUUAAAUGGAAUAAACUGCAUUUUUAAAUGAAGUAAAUAUCUAAAUUAAUGAAAUAUAUUUGAAAGAAGAGAGUAUUGUUCAUAAAACAAUUAAUCUUUUCUUGUUUAAUAAGUAAACUAUUUCUGUAGAUUUGUAUUAUUCUAACUAUGAAACACUUCCUUUUGAUUUUAAAGAAUUAGAAAGUAACAAAAUUCAUUUGUUAGGUCAGGGGACUUUUGGAAAAGUUUAUAAGGCAAAGUUGUUACCAAAGGAGUAAAGAUAUUAGCAUUAAUCUUCUUCUCAACAUACAAAAAAAAGAAACAAUAGAGAUCUCCUUUCUCUUCUAAAAUAGCAAUAAGAUCCUAUUAUUGAAGAUGAAUUUUAUGCUUUAAAAGUUAUUAAAUGCAAGAAUAUGAAUGAGCUGGAGAAAAAAUCAUAAGAAAUUAUUAUUGAGUACUAUUUAAUGCAAAGAUAGUUUAGACACUCCUGCAAUUUAAUUUUACCUGUCUAUUAUAUUUAAUAAAAUGAUUAAUUAGACCUUUUAUUUUUAAAGCAGCUGGCAGAUUUUAAUUUUACUUAGCUGCUUAACAAAAGAAGAGAAAAAUACUUAGUUUAUACAGAAGGAGAACUUUUAUAAAUAUUCAAAAUGUUAUUAAGAAUUAUUAAAGACAUGCAUGAUAGAAAUGUUGCUCAUAGAGAUAUUAAGCCAAGUAACUUUGUUUUUUUCAAAAAAGAUAGAUCUUGGAAACUAAUCGAUUAUGGAACAGCUAAAAUAGAAAUGGAUUUAAAAUAAGUGAAAGAGUAUAAUUUUUGUGGUACUAGACUUUAUGCUAUACCUAAGAUAUCUUAAAUGAAAAAUUUUGGAGAACUUUCAAGUAAAGUAAGAAUGUCUUUGAAAGCUUAUGAUAUUUAUUCACUUGGGAUUACAUUUAUUAAGAUUAAAAAACUGCUUAUUAAUCCAUUUGACCAAAAAGCUUUAAAACAGAUACUCACUUCGGGAACAUUAGAUGACGAAACUUUGCUAAGCAAUAAAAUAAUUAACUAGCUUAUAAAUCCUAAUGAGGAGUUUAGGAUAAACUUAGAUUUAAAUGAUCUUAUUUAAGAAAUUGAGGAUAAGUAGCAUAGUAAAGAAGAUAAUAUUCCUAACGAUUAUGGAGUUAUGUUUGAUCAUCACUCAGAUUUUGAUUAUAGUAAAUAAAAGCUUGAAGAUGAAGAUUAGUUUGAAAGAGCAUUGACUUUAAAGAAAAUCAACAAAACAGAUGGUGCUCUUUCAAUAUUAUUUAGUUUAUUAGAUAAAGACAUAUAGUCAAAAUUAAAGGCAAAUGUUUUGAAUCAGAUUGGCUAGAUAUAUAUCAUAAAAGGAAAUUAUCUAUAGUCACUUAAAUAUUUAGAAAAGUCUAAGGAGCUCAUUUUACAGCUCUAUCCAAAAGGCUCAACUAAAUAGGGAGAACUAUUUGAAGAUCUUGGAUCUGUUCAUUUUUUACUGAAUAAAAGAGAUGAAGGUUUAGAUUUCUUUAAAAAAUGCUAUAAGAUAUAUAAAAGAAACCCACUUGAGUGUUCUUACAAAAUUAAUAAGCUUAAAAGUAAAAUCCAAACUUAUGGAAUUGAACUUGCCUAAAUUAAUGAAAUUGCUGAUAAAAAAUAUCUAAAAAAUUAAAAUGAGCCAUAGAGUAGAUAGAGUGAAAAAAUUGAAAAUAUUAAUUAUACUAAAUCGAGAUCUAUUUAAUUUUAAAUAUGA